CGGAGGGAUGCAAACUCAGCAGCAUCACUCCCCACUCCUGGUCCGCAUACACACCGCCAUGAUACUCCCAUACCUGCUUCUGCUGGGUCAACUCAACGAAUUUGCAAUGCCAGAAACUAUUCUUCCCAAUCCUAAUUGUCCAAUUGGAUUUUUCCCAUGUGGCAAUCUCUCAGUUUGUACACCUCAGUCAUCACAUUGCAAUAAAGUUAAAGACUGUGAAAAUGGAGCUGAUGAGGAAGAUUGUGAUGAUAAUACUGGCCUGGCAGGUGUACUUGAAAACCUUUUCACUCCAAGUCACAAUGAAAAUAUAUCAGAAGAUUGUCUACUUCAGGAUUACCCACAGAAAUGUGACUGCCAGGAAACAGAGUUGGAAUGUGUAGAUGUGAACCUUCGCUAUGUGCCAAAGGUUUCAGUAAAUGUAACUUUACUAUCUUUGAAGAUCAAUAAAAUCAAAAGUUUGCCUGGUGAUGUUUUCAUCAUUUAUAAAGACCUGGAGGAGUUAUAUCUGCAGAAUAACCGGAUCAGAUCUAUCUCAAAAACUGCAUUUUCUGGACUUUACAAACUCAGACGAUUGUACAUCAGUCAUAAUCGAAUCACAGCUCUGAAGCCAAGAAUAUUUCAAGACCUUCAUAAACUGGAAAUUUUAUUUCUUGAUGACAACUUUAUAUCAAAAAUAUCACCACCAUUAUUUAUUGGACUAAAGUCUUUGUUGAUUUUAUCCAUGGUUAACAAUUUACUGGAAAAACUGCCAAAGAGAACAAUAUGUGCUGAAAUCCCAAACGUGUACUGGCUAGACUUUGACAGUAAUCGUAUCAAGUCCUUAAAUUACUCAACUUUCCUGCGAUGCGAUAAACUGAUUGUAUUGUACAUUCAGCAGAAUGAAAUUACUACAAUUUCAGAAAAGACAUUUGCUCCAUUACAUAACUUGAUAGAACUGGAAAUUUCAUCAAACAAGAUUCAGGAACUGCCAAAACACCUUUUCAAAAAUGUAAAAUUAUUGAUAAAAUUGAAUAUAUCUAACAAUCCCCUCAAGUUUAUUCAUCCUGAUCAGUUUGAUGCCCUUAGCCAACUUCAAUCUCUCGGUAUUGAAGGAAUAGAAAUUGCAAACAUAGAAAGCCGAAUGUUUAAGCCCAUGACAAAAUUAGAACAUAUAUACUUCAACAAGUUCCAGUAUUGUGCUUAUUCUCCUCAUGUGCGCAGUUGCAAACCAAAUACAGAUGGUAUAUCUUCCUUUGAAGACCUACUAGCUAACAUCAUUCUUAGAGUAUUUGUCUGGGUCAUAGCUUGUCUUACUUGCUUUGGAAACGUUUUUGUCAUUUUCAUGAGAUCACUUAUUAGAGCUGAAAACAAGCUUCAUGCUAUGUCUAUAAAAAUCUUAUGCUGUGCUGAUUGUCUGAUGGGAGUAUAUCUAUUUUUCGUUGGAAUUUUUGAUGUCAAAUAUCGUGGGGAGUACAACAGACAUGCACAACUUUGGAUGGAAAGUAUCCAAUGUCGAAUGAUAGGAUUUCUAGCCAUGCUUUCUACUGAAGUCUCAGUUCUCUUAUUGACAUAUCUGAGUCUGGAGAAGUAUAUUGUCAUUGUUUUUCCAUUCAGUAAUAUCAAACCAGGAAAGCACCAGACUUUGGUAAUACACAUUACAAUUUGGCUUAUCGGAUUCGCUAUUGCUUUAAUUCCUCUCUGGAAUGAAGAUACAUUUGGGAACUACUAUGGAAGAAAUGGCGUUUGUUUUCCUCUUCAUGCAGAUCAAGUUGAAAAGGAUGCUGCGAAAGGCUAUUCUAUUGGAAUAUUCCUUGGUUUGAACCUGAUUGCCUUCAUCAUAAUUGUCUUCUCUUAUUCAAGCAUGUUUUAUUCCAUUCACAAAAGUGGAAUUCAGACACCUGAAAUGAAAAGUCACAUUCGAAGUGAGGUUGCAGUGGCUUACAGAUUUUUCUUCAUAGUGCUUUCUGAUGCACUUUGCUGGAUUCCAAUUUUUCUCUUAAAAGUCCUUUCAUUGAAUCAGGUGGAGAUUCCAGGAACAAUAACAUCCUGGGUAGUAAUAUUUAUACUCCCGAUAAACAGUGCAUUGAACCCAAUUCUCUACACACUCACAACCAGUUUCUUCAGAGAAAAGAUGAAACAAUUCUUGUGUAAACAUCAAAAAAGUCAUGGAAAUAACAUGUGGGCAGAGUAUUCUUCAAGACAGUCAACUUCAUCCACUAAACUAGGAUUCUUAAAGAGAGUAUCUGCUAUUGAAAAUGCAAUGAAUGCACAACAUCACUAACAUUGUGGAAUAUUAUUAACAUCAAGUAUGGGAGCAUAAUUUAGAAAGAAAAGUACAAAUCAGCUUAUAAAGAAGAUCACUGAAUGUUGUAAUUGUUACCUAUAUUUUAAGG